ACCAUUCCUGUCGUUUGUCCAUAUCUGUACGUGUGUAUAGAUAAUAGCUGAUCACUCAUCGAAAUGACGACCAAAGCAUUGAGCAGUUUGAUCUCAACAGCAAGCAAGUAGGAAUGGCGAGCGAGAUGAGCAACAAGCAGGUGAUAUUCAAAGACUAUGUCACCGGCUUCCCUAAAGAAUCCGACAUGGAGCUGAGGACCUCUACAAUUUCACUCAAGCUGCCACAAGGUUCCACCGGGGUUCUCGUCAAGAAUCUCUACUUGUCCUGUGAUCCUUACAUGAGAGGCCGAAUGACCAAACGCGAAUUCACUGCCUCCUACGUCGACACCUUCCAUCCCGGUUCCCCUAUAACUGGAUAUGGAGUGGCUAAAGUUUUGGAAUCUGGGGAUCCAAAGUUUGAGCAGGGCGACUUUGUUUGGGGUCAUACUGGCUGGGAAGAGUACAGUCUCAUCACUGCAACCCAGUCUCUUUUUAAGAUUCACCAACACCCCAAUAUUCCUCUCUCUUACUAUACUGGAAUUCUCGGUAUGCCUGGGAUUACUGCUUUUGUUGGUCUUUAUGAGAUCUGCUCUCCUAAGAAAGGAGAGACGGUCUAUGUUUCCGCAGCAUCUGGAGCAGUAGGUCAACUAGUCGGCCAAUUCGCCAAACUCAUGGGUUGCUAUGUUGUUGGAAGUGCUGGAAGUAAAGAAAAGGUUGAUUUGCUGAAGAACACUCUUGGGUUUGACGAGGCUUUCAAUUAUAAAGAAGAAUCUAACUUGGAUGUAGCUUUGAAAAGGUACUUCCCUGAAGGUAUCGAUAUUUACUUUGAGAAUGUUGGGGGAAAGAUGCUUGAUGCAGUGCUAUUGAACAUGAGAUCCCACGGCCGAAUUGCAGUUUGUGGGAUGAUCUCACAGUACAACCUGGAGAAGUCUGAAGGUGUACAUAACUUAAUGUCUCUGGUCACCAAAGAGGUCCGGAUGCAAGGUUUUACGGUUUUUAGUUAUUAUCAUCUGUAUGGCAAGUUUCUUGAAAUGGUUAUUCCUCACAUUAAAGAAGGGAAGGUUACAUACGUAGAAGAUGUAGUUGAAGGCCUCGAGAGCGCACCAUCGGCUCUGGUUGGACUCUUUGCAGGUCGAAAUGUAGGAAAGCAAGUUGUUGUUGUCUCGCAGGAAUGAUGAAAUUCUAUUCCUAACCGGCCGCAAUGUGGGAAAGCAGGUGGUUGUAGUUCCACGGAGUGAUUACUAAUCUGCCUAGAUCCAUCCCACUUCUCAAGUCCGAGUGUUUAGUUUUUAUGUUAAGUUGUUUAAGGGCAUCUGCAGUACGUGCACCUGGGUGUAUGUUCAGAACUUGUAUCAGGUAUUAGGUUAGCCUGCUUUGGAUAUUGCCUGUUGUGUAUUGACGAGAGCUGUGUGAUCUUAAUAAAUGUGGUAUGAUUUUCACGAUGGUACUUGCAUUAAUAUCAAGUAUGAAGAGAAAAAUGGGUGUGCGAUCUAAUAUUGAGAGGAAGAUAUGAAUGCACUUGUGCACUCGCCAAUGUUUGAAAUGACACCAUACUUGUCUUUUCUCG